CACCGAUAUGACAGACACUGCCCAGCUGUGUAUUUUUAUUCGGAUGGUAUUCAAUGACAUGUUGGCUAAAGAAGAAUUUUUGACAAUCAUUCCUCUGAAGGAAGAAUCUUCAAUUUUGUAAAAAAAACUACAAGCUACCAAUAUAUGAAUUAGUGUGCAUUACAACCGAUGAAGCACCGGUUUGCAAAAACGGUUUUGUGGCAUUGUGUCGAGCUAAUGGAGAUGUCCCUUCAUUUUUUUCAUUCCAUUGCAUUAUACAUCAACAAGUUUUGUGUUCAUAAGUUUUAAACACGGAGGAAAUUAUAAAUAAUUAUGGGCAUUGCAACAAAAAUUGUGAAUUCCAUCCGUGCACGUAGUUUGCAACGGCGGCUCUUUAAGUUGCAGUUGGAAGAUAGGGAGUCAGCUGAACACACUGAUUUAGUUCUUCACACGGACGUCAAGUGGUUGAGUCGCGGAAAAUUCCUAGAAAGGCUUCAAGAAUUAUUGCCCGAAAUAACAGCUUUUCUAGACGAAAGAGGUGAUGACACUCAGAUGUUGAAAAACGAAAAAUGGCUGACUGAUUUGGCAUUUUUGACUGACAUCACAAUGCACUUAAACACCAUUAACUUGGAGCUUCAAGGUAAAGGAAAAACUAUUAUUGAGAUGAUUAGCGCAGUAAACGCAUUCAAAAGUAAAUUGCAACUUAUGAUAGCUCAACUGAAAAGAAAGGAUCUGAAACAUAUUCCGUCUUUGAAAGCAAGGAUUCCUCAGUUGAAUUAUGAUACGUAUGAGGCAGAAUUAUCAAAUAUUUUGAGACAAUUCGAAAUGCAUUUUUAUGAUUGCAGUAAAUAGGCAAAUUUAGCAUCAUCUAUGAGUUAUCCUUUUUCAUGUAAAAACAUUGAGGUAUUAGCUACUGAAAUAGCAAGUCAGUUUAAUAUGAAGUCAUAUUCUUUUGAAAUUGAGUUGGUGCAGAUUAUAUAAGAUAUACAUCUAUCUAAUCUGAUACAAAUUUCUUUUGUUUUAAUUUCUGGUGAUAAAUAUCCGAAUCUAAGGCAAAUCGCUCUUCAACUGACGGCAAUGUUUGGGUCAACUUACUUGUGCGAGUCUGCAUUUCCUAAAAUAAAGAUAAUUAAGUCAAAAUAUCGCAAUCAACUAACAGACGAUCAUAUGCCAUCAUGCUUGCGAUUAGCAUUCGGUGGUUAUGUAGCAUCUUACGAAAAGUAUGCUGAAGACAUGCAGUGCCACGCUUCAACAUCCAAAGUCACUCCUUAGUCAAGUUUAACACCAGAUGGAACGCUUUUGUUUUGGAACAACCAAUAAACUCGCAGUUUUGAAUAACUAUGAGUUUUUUCAUUGAUACUGUAGAGAAGAACCUAAUUAAACCUAACCCAAACCUUGAAUAAAAUAAAGUAUAUUGUGCGGAAAGCUAAUAUCUAUAUAUGCUACGGUACACCCUAUGUACAUGUAUGUAUGUACGACAACCCUGCAUCACACACACUUGCAGCCUCUCAGAGUCGAUCGUAAGUAGUCUAAAUAUUUUGAGAUAGAUCGCCAGCAGUUCAAGUUUGAG